CUAUCGCAACCGUGACCUGAAGACACCUGAAGAAGUUGUGAUGAAAACGGCUUUAGCGAAGUAUUUGAGUGUGCAAGUGGUUAUAUUGUCGAAAUUUAAGCAAUGCCAAGCCUAAUGUUAACAAUUUUGUCGUUGCCAUGAGCGGAAAAAGUUACUGUGGACUGAAAUAUUCGCGUUAACCCGCACUUGUUUUGAUUGCCGCCGGCUGCAAGGACGCAACUAAAAUAUCAAGUAGCUGAUGGUUGAUUUGUACUGCUGAGAAUGCCUCGGGCUUUCCUGGCAAGGAAUAAGCACAAGAGAGGGAAUGAAGAGGAGACUGAAGAUGAGGUUGAUCAAAAGAGGAGAAGGCCCACCCUCCCCACACGUCCAUAUAGUCCAGAAAUACCCUGGAAACUGGCAGAGGAGGGGCUUAGAGGGAAGAAACAACAGAGGAGAAGCAGAUCAUCUGGGAAAGAAACAAUGCAGCAACAGACAGAUAGCAUUGCUGACAACAGACAAGCAUCAGAAAAAGAAAUAUCAUAUGAUGACAAAUUUUCCAAGAAACAACAAACCAAGACAAAGGAGAAAAAUGAACCAAACAAAACCUCCAGAAAUAAUAGACCUGGAAUGAUAGCCAAAAACAAGAAAAUAAAAGUAACAAAAGGAAAAAAGCCAAAAGUUUCUGAGAAGUUAGAAAGUCUUAAAGACAGUAAGGACCCUGAGAAAUCUCCCCAUGAAAGCAUUGAUCAGCAGUUUAAUGAGACUGAGACUGGUGGCAGUACAGAGGCAUCAGAGAUCACAGCGGAAAAUGAUGACAAGGUCACAGACGAGAUGUCCAAUUAUUUACAUGAGGAUGCUGUUCUGAACACAAAAGUUGAGGUCCACAAGGACUCUGAUGGCAAAAUGAUCACUAAAUAUAUCUGCACCAUAUGCUGGAAGGAGUUCACUGCCAGGUACACACUGCUGCGCCACAUGCCUGUCCACACUGGGGAGAGGAAAUACAAGUGCGACAUCUGUGGCAAAAUGUUUAAACAGUCAAGCGUGUUAUGCAGACAUAAAGCCACCCACACAUCUGCCAGGCCAUACGUUUGUGCCACAUGUAACAAAGCUUUCUCCAGGGUCUCCACCCUGAACGCCCAUAAGCUGAUCCACUCAGGUCAAAAACAAUUCAAGUGUGAACAGUGUGGCAAGCAGUUCCAUCAGAAGGGAAACUUGAAGAACCACAUGUACACUCAUACAGGUGAAAGACCAUUUGCCUGUCCCUUGUGCUCCAGAAGUUUCAACCAACGUUCCAAUCUCACCUAUCACAUUUCACAGUGCCAUAGCAAGCGUAACUCCAUCUACAAUUGUCAGCUGUGUGGAGAGGGGUUCCGCACCAAGAGCAGUCUUAUGACCCACGAGGCUGUUAAACACACCCAGCAGACCUUGAAGCCUGACAUUCAGACUCUCAUCUUUGUCCCCACAACCCCUGCAACCAAGGGUCGGAUAGGUCAGAUGACAUGCAGACUUGAUGAUGGCACAAUGACUAUUAAUCACCAGGAAUACCUAAGCCGAACAAAGAAAAGAGUGGAAAAGGCUAAUGCUCAGGCAGGGGAAGAGGCAGGAGAGGCUGAUAUGGACAUUUGUGCCAGCAGUUAUCAUGGAGAAAUUGCUACUGAGAUAUUGAAACUGCUUAAUAAGAACUCCAGUAAUGUCCAGCCUCAAAAUCAACAGGAUGUGGCAGAAACGGUGUCGUCUGCUGAAAAGGACACUUCAGAGGAAGACCCAGAAGAUGUAACUGGUGAAAUUGAGGCUGAUGGAGAGAAAAAGGAAGGGGAAGCCAGUAAGAGCUCUGUGUCAUCAGAUGUGAAAGUCUUCUCAUAUAAAGGUGAAAAAUUCAAAGUUUUGGCAUCCAUGGUUCCACCAGAGCAGAGUGUUGAACAGAUCAAAUCCCCUUCCAGAACAACCAAUCAAAAUGCGGCACUGUUAUCCAGUCAUGAGUCCACAUUAUCUCCAUUUUCCCAAACGUCAGUGACCACUGCCCAAAUUUCACAGAAUAAUGCAGAUGAUAGGGUGCAGAAAUUAACUUCUGUUCCCAUGAUAAAACCAGUAGCUUUUGACCAAACUGGCACUGCCAUAGUACAGCUGACGGUCAGUGAAGGGGAUGCUCCAACAUAUGGUCGCAUGCUGGCACUGGAUAAAAAUGCCACUGGAAAGGGAUCUAGCUCUGGUGGCAUGGCGUUCAGAAUUGAGCCUCUUGUCCAAGAAGAACUAUCUCACAUUCAACAGCUCCUGUCUUCAAAGCCAGUGCCAAGUUCCAAGCCAGUGACAGUUUCAAAUAUUGCAUUUUCAUCUUCUGCUUUGACCUCUGUGACAGUGCCAUCAGUGGUGACAACAACAACCUCUCAAACAACAGUGCCAGUGCCAUCUUUAACAGUAACAUCACUAAUGCAACCAACAGCAGCAAUGGGCACACUGCCGGCAGUUACAGUAACAUCAACAGUAGCAGCACAUCAAGCCUCAGGUGGAAGCACUGCACAGUCUCCUAACAAAACUUUACCAUGCAAUAUCUCCACCUCCAUAAGAAAUGAAACCCAGUCUACCCAUUUGAAUGAUGGUAAGAAAAAUGAAUCUUUACCAGUAAUAGCUAAUCCACCAGGGGGCGCAGCUUCUCUUCUGCUGUCUAUGGCGAAUAUUGCAGCUAAACAACAAGAGAAACAACCCAGUGUGCUGAAAGAAUUGCUAGGAAUAAUGAGAAGCAGUGGGACACUCACUUCUGCUUCCCUAACACAAUCUGUGGCAAGAACAACUAACACAGUGACUGAGGGAGCCAACAGGGUUAGCAAGAACUCAACUAACACAGUGACUUCAAACACAGAGGAUGCAGCAAUUGUGUCCAUGCCUAAUCCACCUAUUCUUAACCCUACUAGCUCAGAGAAUGUGGGUUUCAUUAGAACAGCAAAAAAGACAGACGCAGUCAUCAGUGCUGGAAUACCUUCUAGCCUUCCCAUUAGUACUUGGUGUGAUCACAGCUCCUCCAACACAAUCACUGCUGUCACAUCUAACACAAUGAGUCGGCCACAAAUUGCCACUGCUCCUCCUAAACAGUAUGAGAUCACUCAUCAUAAGCUGAAGUCUGGUGGUAAAGUUGAACGCAUUCUCCUCAAGCAUGGUGCCAGUUCUGCAGGAUCUGGGAUAUCUGCACCUACGUCUGCUGGUGUGAGAAUUGUAACUAGGGGGCAGCAGGGGUCUGUCUCUUUGGCCAUGGCAGCCCAGAUUGAAAAAUUCAGGAAGAUUGCCCCUAAACCUAAAACUGAGAAUGAAAUGGAGAAAAUGGCCAGUCUACAGCAAAAACCAACCAACCAAAUGACAGUGGCAGGACAGCAACUGGCUUCUCUUAGUCAAUCUCAGCUCACUCACCUGAUGAAUGCAGUGACCCCUGAAAGCACCUACCACCAGAAUCAACCUGUCAUGAUGCCAUCAUCCCUACCAACUGGACAGGCUGGUUUGACCAGUGUGCAGAGCAAUACUGGACAGACAUUUCCAACUGGUCUCCUGAUUAAUACACCCAAUGGGCCCACCUUGAUUCCACUGUCAGCCUCACAAGUCUUACCACUUGUGAUGCAGAGUGGGCUUCCCCCUGGCGUUCCUCUUCUAGGUCAAGGUGAAGGCCAAAUUGGCAUUACUCAGCAAGAAAAGGAGCAGCUAUUGUUAUCAGAUUCUGGGAGCUCUGUUGAUAAUAUCAUGAUGACACCACCAGUCUCGUCAGAUGACAGCCAAACUCAGUCAGGUAGCAGCAAUGUAACUUGUUACAACAAGAUCAAAGAGGUGCUGAAUGUGGCUGAUACCACAGGUGGUGGCUCCUCUGCUGGCCAGGAUGCUGAUGGAGUACCAAAGCUGGACAGCUCCAAUAUCAACAACCUGUUACAUUUCCUGCGCCUGUUAGAUACGGACACCCCUUCUGUGCCGACGCCUGAUAGUUCAAUAUCCUCAACAGUAGGUGGAGCCACUGUAUCAUCCCAAUCUAUUACAAUUAACACGGGGCCAUCAACACACAGGAGCACGACACAACAGUCGCCGAAAAAAGACUCAUUGCUGGUGCACUAUUUGACACAUCUCCCUAGCGGUCGUAUUAAAGGUAGCAACAGCGACCACCAGCAUGGCGAUCCCUUAUUACAAGGCGUUAGUCACGUUCCUAGUCACGUGCCAAGGUCAACGGGUUAUGGAACAGAAGACGAAUCAUCAGAGAGUUUGAUACCCCGAAGUUUGAUAUCCGAAUCUCCUGAAGACAGUAGUAAAAGUGAAGACUUUCAAACUGUACUUGAGAAGAUGUUUUCUAUUUUGAACUCUCAAGAGUAAAGAAGUGGUUAAGUCUGUAAAAAUAACUUAUAAUAUUAGUGGAUUGUCUAUAUUUUGUAAAUAAUGCAUAGUGUAAAUUGCAUGCUGUCUUUUAUUAUGCUUUUGUAACAUAUAAUAUAAGACCAGUGGUAUAUAUAUAUAUAUAUAUAUAUAUAUUCUGUAGAUUUAAAUGCUGAGAUUUUUACCACAAACUUCCUUUUUGCAAAACUGCUGGUUAAUCUCCUGUUACUCAUUAGUCAAUUGCAAAUCUUCAUUCGAGAAAAUUGCUCUUUUUGAACUGUGAUUUGCAAAUAGACGCAUAUGAUAAUUUGUUGAGGCCAUUAUGAUGCUUGUGAAGGAGGUGUCAUUUGUGGCGGUUUGUUGGCCAUCGAUGAAGUAGGGUCUGUAUUGUGUCAUUCCAUUAAAAUGUCACAUGAGAAAAUCACACAUUUGUAGUUUUGGUAUGAAGGCUUUGUAUCACAAUCGCCGUUGAUUUCUGUCAAAGUUGAAGGGCAUUUUGGUAUAAUGCAGACAAAAUUAUUGGGCACGUCAGAAUUAUGCAAAUGUUAAUGAAAUGUGCCAAACUGACGGGUCUCAAAUGUUCAAUUCUUUUUUAAUGAGGCUAAAUACAAAGAUAUUAGUGUGUACUGUUCACCUGGAUGGAAUAAAAAAAAAGUCUGAGUGACUGGUCUCUUUGGUAACUGUAAUCACUUUGUAUGAGA